AUGUUUGAGAAGCAUGAUAUUUACAGGGUUAAGCUGUUGACCAGGAACGAAGCUCUUCGGUUAUUUUGUAGUAAAACUUUCAAAUCUGAUUUCCCAAUGAGAGGUUAUGAAGAGCACACAAAUAGAGUACUCCGAUAUGCUAAUGGCCAUCCAUUGGCAAUCGUCAUGAUGAGCUCAUUUUUAUUUAAUAGAAGAGCCUCAGAUUGGAGUAAUGCGUUGGUUCAAUUCAAAAUACUAGAUAACCCUCUGUUAAAGAAAGUACUUAAAGGGAGUUUUGAUGAUCUGGAUGAUGACCAUGCAGCUGCCUUUUUAGAUAUUGCAUGUUUUUUCACAGGGAAGGAGAUUAAAUCUGUUGAAGGAGUUUUAAAGUCUAGCGAUUUGCUCAAGGAUGAUGGAAUUCAACUUUUAGUUGAAAAGUCACUCAUCACUAUCAUGGAUCAAAAAAUACAAAUGCACGGUUUAUUACAAGAAAUGGGAAAAGAAAUUGUUCGUCAUGAUUUUCCUUUUGAGCCAAAAGAGUGGAGUAGAUUAUGGGAUUUUGAUGAUGUACAUGAUGUCAUGCAAAAUGAGACUCCAUUUCCUAAUGUCGAAGCAAUUGUCUUGGAUUUAGAGGAUUCACGAGGGAGAACAUUAAGGGUUGAAGCUUUAUCAUCCAUGGGGAAUCUUAGACUCCUUAUAUUUCGUAAUGUGAAAUUUUCUGGAGUGCUAAAGGAUCUUUCAAGCAAUCUCCGAUAUAUUUCAUGCUCCAAUACAAGCUUGUGGGAUGAAGAAGAGGAACCACCCUCACUCUCUAAACUAUGGGAUGUGGUGCGCAAAGCAGAGUGGGCAUCUUCUGCACGAGGAUCACCCUCACUCUCGAAGUUACGUGAUAUGCUGCUGGAAGCAGAAAAGGAUAUUCCUCGUUAUGGCCCCUCUCCUCUUAUUGAGGAGGUUGGGGAACUCUGCGUGCGUCCUGUUUGGGCUGUUAGGGAAUCAACUCCCGCACCCUCAACAGUAUGGCGCAUGGCAUGCCAAGUCGAAAGGGAAUUGACUUCACAGGAAUUCCCUUGCUUGAGAAACAUGAAUCUUCGUGGCUCCAAAAAUUUAACCAAGAUGCCAUUUUUCAAAGCAUUCCGAGGUCUUGAGAGGCUAGAUCUUGAAGGAUGCGUUCAAUUAUCACAACUUCAACCAUCUAUUGCUUAUUCAAGGAUCAAGAUUGCCACUUGGCUGAACUUUUCAACGACCAAUUUCUAG